AAAUAAGAAUAGGUUAUAUUUACAUUCGUAAAUUUUUGAAAUAAGCAAAUAAAUAACAAUGAGUAGUCGACAUAAGGAAAAGAAACGUCGAAAACGUUAUGAAACAUCAUCAAGUGAUUCAUCAUCGGUAGAUAGUGCAGAAGAAGCACGUCGUCGGGAUUUAAAAGAACGUGAUGAAUUCGCCGAUCGUCUUAAGAAAAAAGAUGAAGCAAAUACAAGAAAAAUUGUUCAAGCUUCCGAUAAACGAGCAUUUGAAGAAGCAGCCAAACGACUGAAACUAGAAACUGAAGAUCGUGGUAAAAUGAUUCCUAUGCUACGUGUACAAUCUAGACGACAAUACUUGGAGAAACGUAAAGAUGAUAAAAUAGCUGAACUUGAAGCUGAUAUUGUUGACGAUGAGUACCUUUUUGAAGAAGAACAGCUUACUGAACGUGAGAGAAAGGAGCGCGAUCAUAAAAAGCAACUGUUAAAACUUGCCCAAGAACAUGAAAAAGCUCGUGAAUUGGAACGUAUUCAAAGGUACCAUAUGCCCCGAGACAUGGGUAAAGGUAAAACCUCUGAAUAUGUGGAAGUGGAUGAAAUUGAACGUAUGCCACAUUCCGAGCAAAAAAAAUGGGAGAAAGAGCAAAUGGCAUCUGCUGUUUAUAAGUUUGGUUCGAAAGAUAAAAAGAAAAAGCAUGAGGAGUAUGAGUUAAUUUUAGAAGAUCAAAUUGAAUUUAUUCAAGCAAUGCAGCUGCCUGGAACUAAAGAUAAAGUGAAAGAGGAGCCACAGCUCACAGAAGCAGAGAAGAAAAAAAUGGAUAUUGAAGAAACGAAAAAAAGUUUACCUGUUUUUCCAUUCAGAGAUGAUUUAAUUCAAGCUGUACGCGAUCAUCAAGUGUUAAUUAUUGAAGGAGAAACAGGAUCUGGCAAAACAACACAAAUACCUCAAUAUCUUUAUGAAGCAGGUUUUACAGAAGAUAGUAAAAAAAUUGGAUGCACACAACCGCGGCGUGUAGCUGCGAUGUCGGUUGCAGCACGUGUUGCUCAAGAAAUGGGUGUUAAAUUAGGCAAUGAAGUGGGUUAUAGUAUUCGUUUUGAAGAUUGCACGUCAGAAAGAACAGUUAUUAAAUACAUGACAGACGGUACACUUCAUCGAGAAUUUCUCUCAGAACCUGACUUACAAUCGUACAGUGUAAUGAUAAUUGACGAAGCUCAUGAACGGACUCUCCAUACAGAUAUUUUGUUUGGUUUAGUUAAAGAUAUCACACGAUUUCGUUCGGAUUUAAAAUUAUUAAUUUCAAGCGCUACGUUAGACGCACAAAAAUUUUCUAGUUUCUUUGAUGAUGCUCCUAUAUUUCGUAUUCCGGGACGGCGAUUUCCUGUCGAUAUAUAUUACACCCGUGCACCAGAAGCUGAUUAUGUUGAUGCAUGUGUUGUAUCAAUUUUGCAAAUUCAUGCUACACAACCCCUAGGUGAUAUUUUAGUAUUUUUAACUGGACAAGAUGAAAUCGAAACGUGUCAGGAAUUAUUACAGGAUCGAGUACGACGAUUAGGUUCAAAAAUACGUGAGUUACUUAUUUUACCAGUUUAUGCAAACUUACCGAGUGAUAUGCAAGCAAAAAUAUUCAAUCCUACCCCGCCUGGAGCACGGAAAGUGGUACUUGCAACAAAUAUUGCUGAAACUUCGUUAACCAUAGAUAACAUUAUUUAUGUCAUCGAUCCAGGCUUCGCUAAACAAAAUAAUUUUAAUUCACGUACGGGAAUGGAAAGUUUAUUAGUUGUUCCAAUAUCAAAAGCGUCAGCAAAUCAACGUGCAGGGCGGGCUGGUCGUGUUGCUGCUGGUAAAUGUUUUCGAUUGUAUACAGCAUGGGCAUAUAAGAAUGAAUUAGAGGAAAACACCGUGCCGGAAAUUCAACGGAUUAAUCUCGGAAAUGCUGUACUAACGUUAAAAGCAUUAGGAAUUAAUGAUUUAAUACAUUUUGAUUUUUUGGAUCCACCUCCGCACGAAACUUUAGUAUUAGCUUUAGAACAAUUAUAUGCGUUAGGAGCGUUAAAUCAUCACGGUGAAUUGACGAAAUUAGGACGUCGUAUGGCUGAAUUUCCUGUUGAUCCUAUGAUGGCAAAAAUGUUAAUCGCUUCAGAAAAGUACAAAUGUUCGGAAGAAAUUGUAACAAUUGCAGCUAUGCUAUCCGUGAAUGGAGCAAUUUUUUAUAGACCAAAAGACAAAAUUAUUCAUGCGGAUACAGCAAGAAAAAACUUUAAUCAUAUUGCUGGUGAUCAUCUAAGCUUGUUAAAUGUUUAUAAUCAAUGGCAAGAAACAGACUUUUCGACCCAGUGGUGCUAUGAAAAUUUUAUUCAAUACAGGUCAUUAAAACGUGCUCGAGACGUACGUGAACAACUUGUUGGUUUAAUGCAACGUGUCGAAAUUGAAAUGGUUUCAAAUAUAACAGAAACGGUAAAUAUUCGAAAAGCGAUUACAGCUGGAUAUUUCUAUCAUGUGGCACGUUUAUCAAAGGGCGGUAGUUAUAAAACAGCCAAACACAAUCAAGGUGUAACAAUACAUCCUAAUAGUUCAUUAUUUGAAUCAUUACCGCGAUGGGUACUGUAUCACGAAUUAGUAUUUACAACAAAAGAAUUUAUGCGACAAGUUAUUGAAAUUGAAAGUAAAUGGCUGUUAGAAGUGGCACCACAUUAUUAUAAGUCAAAAGAACUUGAAGAUUCAACAAAUAAAAAAAUGCCCAAAGUUAUGGGUCGUGCUAAACCAACUGAAUAA